AUGAAUGAUGAGGAGGCUAUCCAGAAUAUUCACAAGAAGAUCGAGCGGGAGAAGGCUCUGAUCAACGCCGCUAAUGCUAUGCGGGCGCAGACUAACAAUGAAGCUGUCCGCUCCCGACUCGACUCCCAGAUGCGAGAUGGCCGAAGGAACCUCCAGUUCUUCGAGGAGAAGCUGCGCGAUAUCCAGAUGCGACAGGUCAAUGCCAACAUGGCCAACGCCUCUCUCGACAGCGACGGCCCGCUCCCCCCGCCCAAGGAUGGUCAAGACGACGGCGGCUACGGUACGCAGCAAUACAGCCAGAUCGGCCAGCACGGAGAUGCGAUACCCCCGCGUCAUCCCCCUGGGCCAAAUCAGGGCAUUCCCAAGGCCAGACCCAACUUCUCCAAGCUAGACCUGAUCAAAUACGACAACCCCUACCUCGGCCCCAGGAUCCAGCUCAUGCUUUCUCAGAUUCAGUUCAAGCUGAACGUGGAGGAGCAGUAUCUCAAGGGUGUCGAGAAGAUGGUGCAGCUCUAUGGCAUGGAAGGCGACCGCAAGAGUAAGGCAGAUGCCGCAGCUCGUAGGGUAGAGAGCAAGCAGAAGAUUCUUCUCUUGAAGCAAGCACUCAAGAGGUAUGAGGAACUGCACAUCGAUACAGAUAUGACUGACAAUCAGGAUGAUGAGUCCAUCAACGCACCCAAUCUAAGGAAGCCUCUCAGUGGCCAGCUUGCCGUUCGCAUUACGGCAAUCAAGGACGUUGACCAUGCGACGACGGGAAGGUUUGCGCGCGGACCAGAGACUUUCGUUACCAUCAAGGUUGAGGACACUGUCAUGGCCCGCACCCGAGCCUCUAGGACAGACCGCUGGGAGGCCGAGUAUCACACGAUUGAGGUCGACAAGGCUAAUGAGAUUGAACUUACCGUUUAUGACAAGCCAGGAGAGCACCCCCUGCCCAUCGGACUUCUUUGGGUCAGAAUAUCAGACAUUAUUGAGGAGAUGCGUCGUAAGAGGAUCGAAGCUGAGAUGAAUAGCUCUGGCUGGGUCUCCGCAGAUAGAAUGGGUAAUGCCCAGGGUGGGGGCUCGCAGUUCCCAAUGAGUCCGUCUCAUGGAUCCUUUGGUCCUGGAUCUCCGGCAGGAGCAGGCGCGCAGGGCGGCUUUGGAGGAGGCCCUGGGCCUCAGCCUCAAGUCAACACCGGUCCUAUUGACGGCUGGUUUAACUUGGAACCCGCUGGACAGAUCCAGCUUGAAAUGACCUUCAUCAAGUCCAACUCGGAUCGCCGACCUGUGGAUCUCGGACUUGGUCGAAAGGGUGCCGUUCGUCAACGCAAGGAGGAGGUUCACGAGAUGUUCGGACACAAGUUCGUGCAGCACCAGUUCUACAACAUUAUGCGCUGCGCUCUCUGUGGGGAUUUCCUCAAGUACUCCGCUGGAAUGCAGUGCGAAGACUGCAAAUACACUUGCCACACCAAGUGUUACACCAGCGUGGUGACGAAAUGUAUCAGCAAGAGUAAUGCCGAAACUGAUCCAGACGAGGAGAAGAUCAACCACCGUAUCCCACACAGGUUCCAGCCAUACUCAAACAUGACGGCCAACUGGUGCUGUCACUGCGGUUAUAUCUUGCCCUUCGGUAAGAAGAACUGCAGAAAGUGCUCAGAGUGCGGCUUGACAGCCCACGCUCAGUGCGUCCACCUCGUUCCCGACUUUUGUGGAAUGUCCAUGGCCGUGGCGAAUCAAAUUCUUGAGGGCAUUAGGACCCAGAAGCAGAGACAGGGCAAGGUGAGCUCAUUGUCAGAUAAGACUCUGCGGCCUAGCAAGGGAAGCCCUACCGCCACUGCUCACUCGCCAACUCCAUCCUACUCAGGCUCGACGAUAGCACCGUCUCACGCCUCAUCGGAGGCUGCAGAAGCUGCCAAAGCCACAUACGGCGGCCCAAGCCAAGGCCAGAGACCACCAGGUCCGGACAGAUCAUCCACUUCUUCAAGUGCCACUGCCGCCGCAGCCGCUUCCGCCGCGAUGUCUGGCCCCGCGCAAAGCCAGCCUCCACGACAACAGACCUACCCUCCCCCAGGUCAAGGAUACGGCCAACCACAGGACCCUUACGCGCAAGCAGGCUAUGGCGCACAGCCACAACAGCGCAAGUACAAUCCUCAGGACUAUGCCAAUGUCAACCAGGGAUACGGUACUCCUCCUCCGGCUCAAAUGCAGCAGCCAGUCCAGCCACAGCAACCACAGCAGCCACCGAUGCAGCAGCAGCAGCAACAUCCUCAAGCGGCUUAUCAGGCCCCUGUGCCACCCAGCCACCAAGCCCAGGCCCCAGAGAUUGUGCAGCCUCAAGGCGCCGGUGGUGGUGCGGAAGAAUUCCGCGGCUUCUCAUACACGGGAGAUUUCGAUUAA